AGUUAACCUCCCUUGCGAACAGACUGACUAUAUAGGACGUGUUUCCGAUAAACGUCAAUAUUCAAGAAUUUGGAAAGGGUAACUCACCAUUGCCAGGUCCCCAGUCCUGGAUAAUUGAAGCAGGAGGGUCUUCCAACAAACAACUAUGGGACACAAGCAUUCAAAAUCAAAACAACUGGUUAUUGAAAAUAUCAGAGGAGAAACUGUCAACAUUUAUCAUGAAUGUUCUUGCACCAAGUCAGAACAACAACAAAUGGACCAAUACCAAUCAAAUGGAAAACUUUUUAAAUUGUCAAAUUAUGCUAAAAAAAGAAAAAAGACCCCGUUUUGGAAAAGAAAGAAUUCAAAAACAAAUUGUAAUGAUAUUGAAAUUUAUGUUAGUGAUGAAACUGAAGACAAUGAACCGAUACAGAUAAAUGGGUUUAUCCAACAGACUUCCAGUUCUGAAUCUGAGCAAUACAUUAAGCCAAACACUAAUGAAUUUUCAAGUUUUGAAGCAGUGCCAUCUGAAACAACUGAUUGUAGAAACAUUACUUGGUCUAAAUCAAGUGGUGACUCUGGAUUUGUUGAGAGUGAUUAUAAUUCUUUCAAAAACCAAACAAAUGUUCAGUCUGUUAGGUCAAAUGCUCACAAUGGUAAAGAUCAAACUGAGAUAGGUAGAAUAGAACAAUCUCAAAAUGAAUCAUGUGAAGUAAGCACACAAACAAAUCUAGACACAACUCUAUCAAAUGAUGGUUAUGAUUGUGCUACUGAAAGAAAACAUCUUGCACACAAUUCUGAAUGUUCCAGACUUUCAGAUACUGAAAGGAAUUCAAAACCAAAGAAGCAGAUAAUGAGCGUGUCCUCAUUUGAUUCUUCUUGUGAUAAUGAAGAUACUUUGAGAAAUCUCAAUCUUCGUUGCGAAUCAGACUCGGAGGAAUUAACUUUUCUGAAACUCCCUGGGCCAUCAAUUAAACAGGAAUGUACUGAGAUAAAAUCAAUUUUUAGUCCUGAGAUGCUACAUUUAGUUAAUAUUGAUCAAGUACCAUCAUCAGGAUACCCUUUAGAAAGUGAUUGUGAUUAUUUUUUGACACAUGACUUAUCAAGUGAGUUUUCAGAAAAAAAUACUUCAAAUACUGUAGAGAAAGAUUUGUCAAGUUGUUCAAAAAUAACAGAUGACAAAGAUAAUACAUUUGAACAUGUGUUACAUGUAAGUUCAAAUGAAUUUAAGAUAGGAAAAGAAAUAGUAAAUGUAAGAGUUGAGCAUGUACCAGAAACAAUAACAAAACACUGUGAUAAAGAAAGAAUAAGUGCAGAUGAAGAUACUUAUCUGCAAAAGUUUGUACUGAUAAAACAAAAAAUACGGGGAUUUAACCAUCUGAAAGUAUAA